GCGCCUGCACGAACCCGGAAGUAAGCAACAACAAACUAGCUUCGUCGCCGCUCACCGAGCAGCGGAUUAUUAUUGACCACAGUGACAUUUUAACAGUCUUUGCUUUCAAAUAUAUAAGUCAAAUAUUUUAAUCGAAAAAGUUUGAGAUGGGAACUACAGCGAGUCAACUCGGAAAGGCUGACCUGUCAGAAUACCAGGAGCUGACUUUCCUGACUAAACAAGAAAUUCUUCUUGCUCAUAAGAGAUUCACUGAGUUGCUCCCCAAAGAGGAAAAAAACUCAACAAAUGCCAGAGUUCCAAUGACAAAGAUUCUCACGCUGCCUGAGCUGAAGUCUAACCCUUUCAAGGAAAGAAUCUGCCUGGUUUUCUCAACAACUAACCCAAACGAUGGAAGCUUCAGCUUUGACGAUUUCCUGGAUUUUUUGAGUGCCUUCAGUGACUCGGCUACGUUGGAAAUAAAAUCCCACUAUGCUUUCCGUAUAUUUGACUUUGACAAUGAUGGGACCCUCAGCUGUGGCGAUCUGGAGAAGCUGGUUGACUGCUUGACUUAUGAGUCGGAAGACUCGCGUCUAACCAUUGAGGAAAUGAGACAGCUCAUAACUAAUAUCCUUGAAGAGUCAGACAUCGACAAGGAUGGGACGGUGAAUCUCUCGGAGUUUCAGCAUGUCAUUUCAAGAUCUCCAGACUUUGUCAGUUCUUUCAAGAUUGUGCUGUGAGGCCUUGGAAAUGGCCAACUUUUAAUUUUGUUUUUAGUGAAAAACUAUACUUGCCUUUAAAUUUUACUUACUUCUGGAUUUUACUCUUAUGAUUUUAUGAAUUGUUUGUGAAAUUUAUAUAUAUAUAUAUAUUUUAUAACAUCUUUAAAAUAAAAGUUUAAGGUAUUAGA